AUGGCGAAUUUGUGUCCACCUUUGAGUGCAGGUGAGGACACGUUGGAGGCCGUGGAGAAGCAGAUUCAGGAGCUGUUGGAGAGGCAGACCGAGCUGAGAGAGCGGAGAGCCGCUCUGGAAUCCUCCCGGGUAAGUCCCGUGCACCCUGGACGCGAUCUUCCCAGAUGUCCUUCACUCCGGCGCCGGGACACCACAGACCCUGGGUGCAGCAGCAGCGGAAGACGCGAGCCAGGCCCCUUCCGAGGACCUCGCCCCUCCCGCUGCCUCCGGUCUUCGAGAUCUCCACCCGGAACCGCUUUUCCCCUCCGCAAGACGGAACGCGACGCUGUGAUCGUCGGAGACUCCAUUGUCCGGUACGUACGUGCUACUUUAGCUAAAGGUAAAGUCCACACCCACUGUUUUCCUGGUGCUCGCGUUCUCGAUGUUUCUGCGCAGAUACCCGCAAUCCUGAAGGACGGCGAGAGCGUCGGCGCAAUCGUCCUGCACGCGGGGGUGAACGACAUCAAGCUGCGGCAGACGGAGGUUCUGAAGAGGGACUUCAGCAGUCUGAUCGAGACGGUUCGCAGCACGUCGCCCGCGAUGAGGAUCAUCGUGUCAGGACCGCUUCCCACGUAUCGACGUGGGCACGAAAGGCUUUUCCGUGCUGACGGCCUGCACCCCAGCAGAGUCGGAGCGGAACUGCUGUCGGACAACAUCUCCAGGACGCUAUGCUCCAUUUGACUAGUAAGUACAUUCUCAAAUGAUUGCUAUGAUGGCUUUUGU